CGGUACGACACGCAGACCGUUCUAAAUCUGUUGCAUUGUCAGUGCCGCCUUCAGUAUUUCAUCAAGGACCAACCGAUGUGUAGAAAAGUUCCAGGAUUAACGCAGAAUUAGCACAAAGCAGAGACGCCACCUCAGCCCAACAUUGCAAACCAGCAAGUAGCAGAGGGAGAGAAAAAAAGAUUGAGAGAGAAGCAGUGUGCGCCUGAGACACAUACUCCAGCAAUACAAGACGAGUCCCAGAGAUCACCGACACACUGCAGCCAAGACGGGCAUCCUUCCGGAAAGAGGACCCACACCGACGACAACAUCAAGAGCAUGGAGGAAAAACAAUUUUCUGGCAUAUUGAAUGGGGCAGUUCCAGGAGAGCCAGUGAAGAAAGAUGAAAACUCCAGAAGGGGAAACUGGGGCAACCAGAUUGAGUUUGUCCUCACCAGUGUGGGCUAUGCCGUGGGGCUCGGCAAUGUCUGGAGGUUUCCUUACCUCUGUUACAGGAAUGGAGGAGGUGCAUUCAUGUUCCCAUACUUCAUCAUGCUGGUGUUCUGUGGAAUCCCUCUGUUCUUCCUGGAGCUCUCCUUUGGGCAGUUCACCUCCCUCGGAUGCCUGGGAGUCUGGAAGGUCAGCCCCAUGUUUAAAGGUGUGGGCUAUGGAAUGAUGGUGGUCUCCACCUACAUUGGAAUCUACUAUAACGUGGUGAUAUGCAUUGCAUUUUAUUACUUUUUCAUGUCCAUGACAAACCUGCUGCCCUGGACGUACUGUAACAACCCCUGGAACACUCCUGACUGCAGUGGGGUGUUGAACACUCCACGAGCUAAUGCCACUUUUGCCAAUAUGUCUGCUGUUGUGUCAGGAGUGACUGAGAUAGUUAACCGCACCAAGAGGACCAGUCCUAGUGAGGAGUACUGGAGGAACUAUGUGCUGAAUGUCUCUGAUGGUAUUGGGAACUUUGGGGAGGUGCGUCUGCCCAUUCUUGGCUGUUUGGCUGUAUCUUGGGUGGUGGUGUUCCUCUGUUUAAUUCGAGGGGUCAAAUCCUCAGGCAAGGUGGUGUAUUUCACAGCGACCUUCCCUUACGUGGUGUUGACCAUUCUCUUCAUCAGAGGAAUCACAUUGGAUGGAGCCGUCAGUGGUAUCAAAUACUACCUGACCCCUCAGUGGCAGAAAAUUCUAGAUGCCAAGGUGUGGGGAGAUGCUGCCUCUCAGAUUUUCUACUCUCUGGGAUGUGCCUGGGGUGGACUUAUCACCAUGGCAUCAUAUAACAAGUUCCAUAAUAACUGUUUCAGAGACAGUAUCAUCAUCAGUAUAACAAACUGUGGUACCAGUGUGUAUGCUGGCUUUGUUAUUUUCUCCAUCCUGGGAUUCAUGGCUCAUAAUCUGGGGGUGGAUGUGUCAGAGGUGGCUGAUCAUGGGCCGGGCCUGGCUUUUGUGGCCUACCCAGAGGCCCUAACACUGCUGCCCAUAUCUCCACUGUGGUCCUUGCUAUUCUUCUUUAUGCUCAUUCUACUGGGCCUGGGCACUCAGUUCUGUUUGCUGGAGACUCUAGUAACAGCUAUAGUAGAUGAGAUUGGAACUGACUGGAUUAUUAAAAAUAAGACUUAUGUCACUCUGGGAAUUGCCAUGGUAGGCUUCCUCCUCGGAAUACCACUUACAACACAGGCAGGGAUAUACUGGUUGCUGCUUAUGGACAACUAUGCUGCCAGUUUUUCCCUGGUCGUCAUCUCUUGCAUCAUGUGCAUCUGCAUAAUGUAUGUCUAUGGUCACAAGAACUAUUUUAAAGAUGUGGAGAUGAUGCUGGGCUUUCCUCCUCCAAUUUUCUUCAGGAUCUGCUGGAGAUUUGUUUCUCCUUUGAUUAUUUCUUUCAUCCUGAUCUUUACAGUGAUCCAGUACAAGCCUAUCACCUACAAUGACUAUGUGUACCCCAGCUGGUCAUUGGUCAUUGGAUUUGCCAUGGCUUUGUCUUCAGUUAUCUGUAUACCCAUUUAUGCUCUGUUCAAGAUUGCUAUGUCUGAGGGAUCCACAUUUUCAGAGCGUUUGAAGAACUCUCUGAAGCCUGACCCGGACUGGGGCCCAGCCCUACAGGAGCACCGUAAGGGCCGAUAUGCCACCACUGGGCCUGAAUCUGUUGAGGUUUGCCCUCUCAAAGAAGAGCUGAAGGACGAGGGGAAAGAGAAACUCAAGGAGAACGAGAAAGAAACAGAGAAGGAGAAAAAGGAUGAGAUCGGUUUGACCAUCCCUGGAAGCAACGGCUCUACAUUGAACCCCACACCCAGUGCAUAGAGGACCCUUCCCCGCCCUCGCCCCAGGACGGUUCCCUCUCCCUGCCGACACACACUGCGGGGCAAGCCACUCUCGCUGGAGACCUUUACAUAUUGUAAGGGCUUUACGAAAUCUAACCUCUAGAGAAUUUGUUUGUCAUCCAAAACUUUUUUCUUUUUGUUCACAUAAUUUAAUAGUGCAGUUUUUUAAGAAGAAAAAAGACAUGUGCAUAUACAGGAGAUGUAUGUAUACAGCGCAUUGUACAAUAUUUUCACUCUUUGUUGAGUAGA